AUGGCCUCCGCUGCUGCUGCCAAACGCCUCGAGGGCAAGACCGUAUUGAUUACCGGCGCUAGCUCCGGCAUUGGCCGCAGUACCGCGUUCGAGUUCGCCCGGACGGCGCCUAAGAACAACCUCAAGCUGGUCCUCACGGCGCGCCGUGUCGACACGCUGAACCAGAUCGCUGCCGACAUCAAGAAGGAGGUCGGUGACGGCGUCAAGGUGCUGUCGGUCAAGCUAGACAUCAGCAACCCCGAGGAAGUGCGCCAAUUUGUGCCCAACCUGCCGGCGGAGUUCAAGGACAUUCACGUGCUGGUGAACAAUGCAGGGCUGGUGAAGGGAAUGGCCAAGGCACCUGAGAUCGCCGAGGAGGACGUCAGCAUCAUGUUCGCCACGAACGUCACGGGCCUUAUCAACAUGACCCAAGCCAUCCUGCCCGUCUUCAAGCAAAGACCCAAUGGCGGCUCAGGAGAUAUCAUCAACAUCGGCUCCAUCGCAGGCCGUGAGCCCUACCCCGGCGGCAGCAUCUACUGCGCCACCAAGGCUGCCGUCAAGAGCUUCACGGACGCCUUGAGGAAGGAGACGCUCGACACAAAGAUCAGGGUCAUCGGAAUCGAUCCUGGCCAGGUUGAGACGGAGUUCUCUAUCGUCCGUUUCUACGGUGACAAGUCGAAGGCAGAUGCUGUUUACGCCGGCGUGGACCCAUUGACCCCUGACGACAUCGCCGAGGUUAUUGUUUUCUCCGCCACGCGGAGGGAGAACGUGGUCAUCGCGGACACUCUGAUCUUCCCUCAACACCAGGGAGGAGCCGGAGCCAUGCACCGAAAAGCUGACCGGCCGGCCACUGUGUUUAUGGGAGCUUUGCAUGAGCUCCGCAGCUUGUGGACUGUGUCUGUCAUGAUCUACCAGAAGUUAGGAACGAUACUGGGUCCCUACACUUAUCCAUAUCCUACGAUCUCGUACAGCUACUCGUGGACUGUCUCCAUCAAGCCUCAGUCCCAACCUACCGCCAACAUGGCGACGAAUGCCUCAGAGCCCUCUGUCCCUGAGAACGAGAACGGGUGGGCUAUGCGAGUGAAGGCUAGCUACACUCCGAGCGUUUCAUUGAAGGCCAAAAGCGCUCUCGAGAUCACCCAAGGAGAAGAUGGGUGGGCCUUCCUAUCUACCAAACAGCCAGAUGGUUGGGUCCUUUGCCAGAUUGGUAUCGGGAAGGAGGAGCACCAGAGAGUCGGCUGGGUACACAUAACAUACAUAAUCGCAGGCAAAGAGCGGAUGAGGCCCCUGCCUAUUGACAUGCGACAGCCUAUCAUUGCUGUCCAGGACCCGACACUUCCAGGAAAUGCUACGUGCCUCGAGAAGACCGUCCAUGGCUUGUGGAGAGCGAUCCAAGCUAAUAGGAACACGAUUGAGACAGAGUUGCCUCUGUCACCUGAGAUCAGCUUUCGACUCUUUGGCCCCAAUACAUCUCAUUACCCCAUCGAAAUCAUGAGAGCUCUUGAUCCUCCAGCACGGGCGCUUAUGAGCAGCGGAAAUUUCCACCCUAGACAACUUGCUCAACUGCCAGCUAUGAGCAAGACGGAUUGCCCAACCAAGCCGGGAAUCUACAUACGAGUCUAUCCGGGAAUCGAAUCUCCGAAUUACUACAUCUUCGGACGUCGUCCAAAACCCCCUGGAACAGGACUCUAUACUGGUCAGACUAUUGGAACACAGUGGCCGCUUCGCUUUGACAAACACGAGAGGGACAUGGCUUCGAGCAAAGCCAUGCAUUACCGGCUGGCGAGAACUUGCGAUACCGAAAAUGUAUCGAUGAUACCUAUUAUUCUCUUUGAUGAGAAUCAGCCUAUGGUCAGGGUUUUGACUUUAAACUCUUGCCUUAGUGCUGCCGAACUUACCAUGGUAUGCCUCUUCAAGAGUUGGCAUCCGCUUCUUCUUGGCCCUACUCCGUUAAAUGCAGUUGCGGCCUACAUCUUGGAUUUCCAGUCUGCCAGAGUCUUUGGCAAUAUUAUCGACAGUGUUAACACCGGAUGGCGGCCAGCGCAAAUUGUCGGCUGCAACUGGCAGACACCCGUCAUACGUGACCAGGAUCGUGAGCUUACAUGGUGUUCAUGGUUUGAUUAUGAGAAGGAAAUGAAGGUCUUUCGAUGCGCUCGACGUCUAUUCAUCGAAAAGAACAAGGAUGGAACCCCUGACAGCGCUCGGCUCAAUAUUACCAAUGGCAACGAUCUCUUUAUCCCUCGGGAGGUGCUGAAACAAUCCGCUGGCAGCCUUACGAAUGGAAUCACAGUCCAUGUAGUGGUGGAAUUUAUGGGCAACGCGAUGGAUCAUCCAUCUAUGUUUGUUCGGUUUCCACGAAUCGGUCCAAACUUCCCGUCUAUCUACCAGGUUGGAAUGAAAGUUGCCAGAAUUCUUCAGUGUAUCAACUACACUGGAGCUCGAGUUCCAGGAUGGCUCACUGCAAUCGGAAGAGUGGUCGUCAAGGAGUUUAAUUAUGACCACCUGAAGCAGGAACUUGUCGCCACUAAUACCCAAAGCCGGGUCAAGCAGUGGCCAGCCGACAACACUAUACAGCAGAAUACUGCUCGACUUCAGCAACUCAUCAGUUCCAAAGGAUGGUCAACUUCCAUUGGCGUACGCCCGGAUCGCAUGCUGCAUAAUCGUGUGGCGUGCGAUAUAUGUGUUUCACAGGCUACACUUCAGACAGGUGCUAUCUACUCCGAAUUGGGCAUGACAACCAACGUCUAUUACAUGACCAACGAAGCAGAUAUUCAGAAAAUCAACGCGCCAUUUGACCCCAAGCUGGAUCAAGAUCAGGAUGAAGACCAGGAUGGUUAG